AUGAAGGCGUCGGUGAAGCUCCGGGAUGAGGAGCACAAGAGCCCUCUCCUCCGCGCCAAGCUCCCCCUCUCCGCCCUCGGCUUCCCUCUUAUCUCCUCUGCCACCGCCGCGGGCGACCCCCACGACCUCUCCUUCCAACUCCGCACCGCCCUCCCCGGCGGCCCCUGCCUCCGGCUCUCCUACCGCCCCCACCCUUCUUCCCUCCUCUACUCCCCGUUCUCCCUCACCCUCAAGUCCGGCGUCGGCCUCUGGGGCUCCCCCGACCGCUCCCCCCUUCUCAUAUCUGCUCACUUCUCCCUCCCCUCCGCCGCCGCCGGCAGCGGAGGCGGCGGCGGAGUCCCUGUCUACCCUUUAUUCUCCAUCCAGGUCAAGCCCCGGAUCGGCAACUUCUCCUUCAAGAAGACCGCCAUCUCCUCCUCCCCCUCCUCCUCCUUCAGCUCCAACCCUAAUCCUAAUCCUCUCAGGGAAAAUGGCGGCGGGAUCGACCACCCGCUACCGCUGGCCCCGAGAGACUGGUCAUACCUCGAGGACCUACUCUCAUCCGGCGUCGCAGUAGCGGCUACGACGACGCUGCCGAUGACUGGCCGGGCCGCUCUGAAGCUCCGGUGGGGGGUGAACUUCCCGGCCGGAACGGCCUCGUCGGCGGUGGGUUCUGGGACCGGGUGGAGGCGACUGCCGUACCUGACGGUGGACAAGAUCAGCAUUGAAGCUGCGGAGAAUGAGGAGAGAGAGUCGAAGAAGCCGGCCAUGGCAGUGAUUGGUGAUGGGGAUUCAUUGGCGACGAAAGGUAUGUGCUUUUGGAUGAGGAAGGAGGUGAAGGAGCUUCAGAGGGAGAAUACGAUGAUCAAGGAUAGCAUUGAGCAGGUCUGGAGGAAGGUUUUGGACAGCAGGUGCAGCGGGAUGGAGGGCUCUCGAGGUGGUGGAUUGGAUGUUAGGAGGAGUAAUGGAAAUGGACUUAGUUGCAGGGGACUAGAGAAAGAAGGAAGCCAACGGAGGGGGGGUUCCAGGUGA